AUGCCCGAGCACCCGCAGCCGCCCGCACAAGACGCUGCCUGCGCCAACAGAGCAGCGAUCUCUACAGCAACAAGACCUUCCCCAUUCGCGUCCGGACCCGUCGCGAUGGUGAAUCAGAUUCGUCCUGGUCUCGGCAUUCCCGGGCAAUUUCCAGGUGAAGCGAUGCGCACUUCCCCGACGCAAUUGUCUACACCGUUAGUUCCGCAGCGGUAUACGUCAAUGUCCGCAGGCGGCGCUUUAUCCGGGUCCCCAACAUCUCAGCGCCCUCCAGCGACUUCAACGGUACCUGACGCUUCACGCGAUUCGCCCGGACAAGCUAUGCUGACACCAGCGCUAGGCCUUUUUCAACACACUUCAUGGCCGCCAUCUCAGCAGGAUCGAUCCCGAUUUGUCCCACUACAUGAUCUUUUGGACAAACCUCCGCUAUCCUCUACGCAGCACAUGCAAAACAAUGUGCCUGGAUUACCUGGUCAAAUGGCGUCGGAUGAUCCAGGUCGUCGAAGCUCUGCGUCAGGACCACCAACCCAGCAAGACAUUUACACAAGCCUGUUUGACAGCCCGAAAGAAGCGAUGACGUCAUUUUCGACGCUGUCUCGACGCUCAUCGUUACCAUCUUCACAUGAUCCAUCGCCAUCUAUCGGGUCUCACCCCGCCACUGGAGCCGCACAGCAGCAUGGGCCGUAUCGGCAGCAGCAGCAGUCAUCAUUGCGUGCAUUCGGGCAAAUGCCUCCUCCUGCUGCUCCUUUUCUAGGAUAUGAAAACAGUGCUCGGUUGCAGUCAGGCCGUGUCCCUACACCGCCCCCAUCUGUCCCGGACUUGCUUAUCUUCGACGAAGAAGAGGAACCUCCUCAGAUAAGGCCGACGCCAUCUGCAGCAACGUUGCGACCCCUGGCUCCAUCUCAAAUCACACUCGAAGCUCCAUCCCCAGACAAGCGUGUCGACGAUUUCUUGAAGAUGCCUAUUGGUCGGCGUUUGGAAAGUACUGAGAAUGCGGUCCCGCAUGAGGCUUCGCUUGUGCUUGACACUGUCGAAGGUUUAGAAGUGUUGUACGCUCAAAAGCGAUGGCGGUCACUCACAACAAAGUCUCUAUCGAUGUUACAAAGCCCGUCAAACGAUAUCAACGUGACGCUGGAAAUUAAGUCUUGGUGGCUUGCCGGGCUAAUCAAAGAUGGACAGUACGACAAUGCGGCGAACGUUUUGGACCAAAUUGGGAACCUCGAUGAGUUGUUAUCAACUGCCGGCGGGGCGUCGCCCUUCGUGCCUAUUCGCAUAUUUCUUCUGCAAGCUCUACUUAGCAAGUGCCAAGGAAAAGUCAUGAACCACGAGAAGCAAUUGUUUCAUCUGGUAUUGAGACUACGAAGUUCCAUUCAAGAGAGUGAGACGAUGUCUCUGUUUGGUAUCCAAUUGAAAGCGGCUGCACGUUGGCUUCGCAUUGCACAGUUUGCGCUCGUCAAUCAUCUUGUACAUCAGCAAAAGUUCAUGAUGGCCUUGCGUAUCUGUUCUCAGAUCGAUGCUCAAUUUAUGGACGUAAAAGACAUAGUGGUCGUGCUAUCCCGCGUGGGGCGCAUCCGGUUGCAAAUGGGUGACUUAACGGCUGCUGAGAAGCUAUUUGAGGCUGCUCGAAACCACGCCAGCCGACCGGGAGCUAGCAGAGGCAGUGACAUAUUACAGGUUGAGGUGGUGGGGGAGCUGGAGGCACGCUUGCUAUUGAAUGACGGCCUGCUAUUUUUCGCUCAGAAUAAGCUGCAAGAAGCACUGAGCGCGUUUGACUCCGUUCUGCAUUUGCAGAAUGCGGAAGUCUUGAGCUCGACGAACACUGAUGCUGAGCUUUUUCUGGAUGAGGAUGUUGUGAGCUCGGCUGUCAAUAACUAUGCGGUAUGCGCGCUUUACUGUUGCGAUGUGAAGGCAGCUGUGGUCGCGCUGGAACGGAUGAUCAAGUCGAACCCGAAGCGGUUUCUCAACGGUGUGGUCGUGUUCAAUCUUAGUUCACUAUACGAUCUUCAACUCGACAAUGCCACGAGCAAGAGUCGAAAAGAAAUGAUGAAGAAGAUCGCGCAUUUGUACGGCCUCGAACACGUCGAUCCGGCUGCUUAUCGUAUAUAA